AUUACAGACCUUACUGGAACGAUCGUGCACGAGAGUUGUCGGAAAAAUUGUGGUUACCCAAUGUAACCGAUUAUGUAGAUUUGACAACUAAUGAACGUGAGUUAUACGAAGAUAUCCUUGCCAUCAACACUGUAUUUAUCUGCAGGAUGCAAGGAAGAAGAGCCGCACAACAUCGAAAAAAAGGAAAGAAAAGAAUAAGGAUAUCGACAAUUAGGAAAGCCAAGAAAAGAAAAAUGGACGAGGAAUUUCAUUCCUCAGUUUUUAUUGAUAAAAAACUCUAUUUUAGUGGUGGAUUUUCUUCAGUCUCUAACAUUACUAAUGAAUUCUUCUAUCUGGAUUUUUCGAAACAAUUUACAACUACUAACAUUGCCUCUAUACCAUGGAUUGAUCUUACUAAUACCAACGGUCCUCUAAAACAUUCUGCCACAGCAUGCAUAGGUGGAAACAAUAACGAUACAAUUUUUAUAUUUGGUGGUUUUCCUUAUAAUAAUUUUGUUAACCAAUUUAAUAUAAACAAACAAAAAUGGAAUAAUAUCUCUUCUACCGGAAGCGCACCCAUAUAUAGAAAAGAUAUUUCAUGUGCUAAAUUUAAUAAUGGAUUUAUUGCAAUAUUUAGUGGUUUUAUUAAUAUAACUUAUACCACAAAUGAUCUUUGGAUAUUCAAUACAUUAACAUUAUCAUGGAGUUUAAGCAAUGCAACCAAUGCACCACCAUCUCGCUUUGGUUAUUGUGCAAUAACUUUGCCAGAUGCAAACUUAGUGAACAAUUAUAUGCUUGUUGCUUUUGGCGCAUUUCAAAAUUCUACUUUUUCUUCAAAAAUAUUUAUGUUGAAUAUAAAUAAAAGUGCUUCCUAUACUUGGACUACUGAAUUCAUUCUGGAUACUUCUCAAGCUAUUUCAGACUCCCAAAUGUCUGAUUUAAUGAUUGGUGCAAUCGUUUCUAGUGUUGUUUCUUUAGUAAUAAUAGUUUCUGCUAGUAUUUUUCUUUAUUUCAAAGCGGAUUCCUUUAAUGUAUAUAAUUAUUUGCCAAUAACAAAUAUGGAAUUUUUGCAUUAUAGAUGGAAUUCUACUGACGAACA